CAUACCCAACACACAGUACAAUGCCCAAUCGACGCACCUACAUUUCCAAAUAUGAGUGGAAUGCUUAAAUUGAGCGUGCGGACUGCCACUCGAAAUUUCAUUCUAAAGUGAUGGGACUGCAAUGUUCUUUAAUAGAGAAAACAUUACAAGGGCACUAGAUCCUUGGUCUUCUAAAGUCAAAGGAAGGGAAUUCACAUAUCACACGGGCUUCUCACCUCACCUGGAAAGGACCUGGAUUCUAUAUAGCAUUCUUAAUUUUCAGUGAGGUCAUGUUAUUAUGACCAAGAUGACUGGCCAGACCAAGCUGGCCACCUAAUACUGACAUCGACUUUAUUUGCCCCUCUCUCACACAACGACAUAUAGUAUUGUUUUCAUGUCAAAUCUCAACGGACUAUCAACGAUACCAGCCAGAACAAUGUGUUCCUACUUGACACAGCAUUUGACCAGAUUUACGUGAUUCUAAACGUCGUCAGUUUCUAAUCACACCUGACAUCAUCAUCGAUACUUCUCAUCAUAUCAAAACCACCAACGACGGUCGAUAUUAUUCGGCGACCGGUGCCGCCUAGUGACGGGAAACCACGGCAGCCAAUUGUAACGCAAGACGCAACAUCAGCAGAGCGGAGCUUGGGCGACAACGUCGACGAGAAACGUUCUCUCACAGCUGGUAUCGUCAUGGUGAUGAACUGCAAUAAAUCUGACAUUAUGGUAUCGAUGAAAUACUCUUAAGAUCAGUGACUGGAUUAUCGUAUUUUAUUCAGUAAUAUCACUAACUGUUCACGUUUAUAAGAUGUUUCUUGCAAGACUCCCAUUUGAGACUCGAUUGCGAGGAGGCAACCACACACUUUUGAAAAAUGACAUUUUCAUGUACACGGACUACUCCAGCAUACCAGAGAGUAUGGCUGCCCGUUGCAUCCUCAUGUACCUUCCACCGUUUGUUCUGACCAUCGGAACCCUGGGUAACAUCAUCACUUCCAUCAUCAUGCAACGUAUCGCCCACAGUGUCUGGUCGACGUGUCUCUACCUCGCAGUCCUACCAAUCGUGGAGACGCUCUGGCUCUGGGUGCAGUGCGGCGACAAAUGGCUGAACAAACUCGCAGACUUACAACUGUCCAAUCAACUUUUAAUGACGUCGAACGCAACAUGCAAAAUCUACCCAUUUAUUAUAAAUUUUGUCAUCCAUUUUGUGCAAUGGCUCAUCGUAGCAGCCACUUUUGAAGGAUUCUGCGUGAUACGCUUCCCAAAGCGUAGCAGGGUCAUGUGUACGUUUGAGCGUGCCCGCGCGGUCAUCAUGCUCUUGACGGUGCUCCUCAUCUGUAUUAAUGCACAAUUCUUUUGGACGUACGAACUCGUUAUGAUGGACGGACGAGACGAUAAGCCACGCGGCAUCAUGUGCACGUUCGCGGAUAAGAGCACAACAAACGUCUUUCAGGACCUAAUAUGGCCGACCAUUGACACAAUGGUUGCCGAGAUUCUUCCAAUUACUGUGAUAUUGGUGCUAACGGCCCUCAUGAUAGGGACGUACAUUAAAACAAAUGGCCGCCCGAGUAAAGAGGAGGAAAAAAUGCAUAAAUACAUGCUGGAUCCGGACGCGUUUUGUGACCUUAAAGUGAGCUACAUUGCUGUGGCUGUAAUGUAUCUAUUGUUAGUGACGCCGUUAUUUGCCUAUAAGGUAUUCGCCUAUGCUACUAAAAAGGAGAAACUGCAGGAAAACAAUGCCAGAUUUGACGCCCAGGGGGAGCUAGCAGAAGCCAUUACACUAUUUUUACUGUUUAUUUUUCUGUCCUGUAAGAUGUUUGCGUAUUUAGUGACCUGCAAGCGUUUUCGGUACGAGUUUUUACGCAUUAUGUGCUACUGCUACUAUAGAAAAUCGAGUAGGAAACGAGUAUAUUACCACGAUGAAAUCGCCCAGAAACCAUUGAUGACAGAAAAGGGCGGCAAACAGAAACAGAAAGGGAAGAGUUCAAGCCGAUGGAAUUAUGGGAAAGUGACGGAGGUCUGACACACCAUGAUCUGUAAGACGACCGACCUCGUCGCUGAAACAUCAAACUGUUCAGGGCAUUCACAAUACUGGUAGGCAUCGGUUGGGAGGCAUCCGUCUGACAACCUAGACCAUGACAUCAAACUUCAACACGUUGUGGCAUGUUGGAUGUGUUACAAUUUCUGCUUAGUUUCGCUCAAAUGGUUUUGUUGUAAUAUUAGUACAUAAAUUUUCCACUAGGAACAAGCUCUUGACUAACUCAAGAUAUAAAAUGACCUUCAGUGCAACAGAACAGAUGCCUUCCAACGACAGAUGCCUAUCAUUCUUCACAAGCUCUGAAGAUCUCGUCAAAAAAGCUGAUCCAUUUUUUGAAAAGACGUUUUCAUAGAACACAUUGAUUUGUAGAAAACUGCGAUCAUUGUUUGUAAAACUGUUGAAAGGUUACGUCAUAACGUUACUGUAAAACUUUAACUGUAAAACUUGCUCUCAGUUGGUCAAUUUUGGUCGGACCCAGUGAUUGAAAUUGAUAUACCAGUUUUCGUCUGCGAUAUACUCGCCAGAAUCCUUUUAGCUGGUGAAAUUGAGGUGUGAAGGAAAUGAAAUUCAAAAUCUUAAAACCAAAAUAGGUACACGCUGAGAGCAUGUUUUUCGGGGGAUGGUUAGUACUAUUUUUAACUCCACCUGCAAGAUGGUGAAUUUGUAGAUAAGACUGUAGAUAACACUGGUCCAUUGAGGAUGGGACCGCAUAAUCAUGUUUUGAAACAUUCAUUCUCAUGUAGACAAUUCUAUAGCCAUCAUCGAACUUCAGAGGAAAUUUAGGAUAGUAUAAGGGUACUAUGAGUAUUUACAGUACAGUACCUCCAUUGUUUCAGAGGGGAGCUUUCCCACUACCUGAUGUUUUGAUUUAUUCAACGUGACAGGAAGCAGUUUUUGACCAAAAUGCUCAAAUUGACUCUUCGUUGGAGUUCUCAACUUUCAGUUUUGCAUGGCUGCCCGACUCGCAAAAGUGCACGUUGAGAACUGUUCCGAAGAUUUCAACUUUAUCUCGUUAACUUUACAUAUAUGGAUGCUGCCCAGCCAAACGUCAAUUACAUUUAGCUUGUGUUAGCUGGAAUUUUGCCCGAUCCAGUUUAUAAGACCUGAAAAAGUCCUAGCCUAUUCUAUUGAGAGAUUUGUAACGUCAAUUUUCCAUUUGCCACAUUGGACAGGGUUGAGUAACGAUAGCCGAGGCAGGUCCAUGAAGUGACGCCAAGCAGGAAUAUAGUCACAUCUUCAUGUAUUGCUCUGAGAACUGUGGAGGACACUUUUAUAGGUCAGGCAUUGCUGCGUGAUUAUUACAGGUAAUUAUUUGUGGUGGUGGGUUAUACAAACAAACGAAAUGUAUUGAAUAACAUGUAUGAUAAAACAAAAGAUAAACGCAAUUCAGAAUUAUUAAA